AUGAAGAACGAUCACAGAGCACCGCUGGACCGGUACCACAGCAUCCACGCAGAAGACCACGAUGACUCGGUGACAGAUGUCGAGGAGACGCUCGACUUGAACGAGAAGGACUACAUGCACCACUCCGAGCGGCCCAAGGCGAACCAGGUCCUCACUGCGUUGAAGUCUCAUCGGUGGCUGGUGGACACAUUCUUGCUACUGGUUGUGAUAGCUCUGCUCUUGGAGAAAAACUGGGCGCAUUGCAGCAACAACCACUUCUUCGAAGGCGCAGGGGAUGUGACAGGAUUUGCACCUCAAUUCUCACAGCAAGUCAAGUCGUUCUCCCCAGAUCCAGGGUUCGUCCCCGAGAACAUGUCCGAGUUCUUUUCCGAGGAAACACGGAAGAAGUGGCUCGACCUAGUGCCCAAGGGUCUUGGCUACCUUGAUAUCAAGAACCCAAAGGAUUACGACAACCUGCCUACGCCGCUCGACCAGUUUACUCACCAGUUUGUCGUCACCACAUCAAUGACCCACCAGCUUCACUGCCUUUACUCCAUUGCCGGGGCCUACUCAGCUCUUAUGUCAGACAAGAGCCGGUUGCCGACAGAAACGUGGCACAUCAGCCACUGCUUCGACUACCUCCGGCAAGGGAUCAUGUGUGCCGGUGAUGUCGCCCUCGAGGGCGAGCAGACGACUUUCCCUAGAGGGUUCGAUGGGAGCGACGGCUGGGAUGCCAAGCACGUAUGCAAAGACUAUAAUCAGGUCCUCGACUACCUCAAGAGCAACAGAGCGAACGACGAAGUCUGGAUUUGA